CCGCAAAGGGAGACGUCAAGUUUGAGAGAGCGCGACGUGCGAAAGAAUUCAUACGCGUUGCAUGUCGAAGCAAAAGUCUUUCAUUACUUCUUCUCCCGACCGCAUACCGAUGCUAGAACACCUUUACAUACGCUUGACGCGCCCGUCCGCUCUUUAGCCACGGCUGAGAGCCUUCAGCUUCGCGUCCCCUACCUAGAUCCCAUCUGACACAUCCUCUGCGCAAUCGCAAGCUGCGCAUCGUAUUCGACGCCGUUGUCAGACGGAUCAAUUAUGGCGACGUCUCCAGACACGCCUCGAAGACGCGUUCGCAACCCUACACGGCUCCGCGGUGGUGAAGACACAGCUCCGCCCAAUAAAAAACUCAAGUAUGUUCCCGGGGGACCAGGUGGCGGCGGCCGGUAUCUUGAUCCAGAUACCGGAAACGAGACACCUGUUGGAGGCACUGGUCCUGGUGGAUACAAUUACAUCGGCUCACGAGGGAGGAUUGGCAGGUCAAACACUGAAAAGGCUGGCGUCAUUCUUACUUCAGACAUACCCACAGCCAGUGCUGUUCGCCCCCGUCCACGCCGCGAAAGAACCCAACGCGACCGAGAUCGAGACCGAGCGCGAAGAGAAAGAGAGAGGCAAGUGAGGUUAGCUCAACAACAAGAACAACUGGCUCAUGGGCCUCGGUCAAGCUCGGCGUCUGCUGCCGCUGCUGCCGUGGCUCAGAACGACGGAUACAAACCGCGCGAGGAGCGCGGAUGGGAAGAGUUUCAUCCUGAUCUGGACCUCGAUGUUGUGUUCCCCGUGUACACUGCUGAAGAGGUCGACGGACUGAUCACGCCCAUCUCGAAACCAGGUACUCCGAUUAAGGCUCCGAACUUUGGUCACAACAGCCUCAACGAGGAUGGAGCAAAUGGCGCAGUCGACGUUGCCUUGAUGAGCCUGUCGAAAUCGCCCACUCUACAUCAGGAAGCUCUUCACAACGAUGCCGACGCCCAGUACCAAGCAGGCAAAAACGGUACGCCUGGAACACCCCACAAGAGGCGUCCGGGAAGGCCUGCGCGACGAGCCGACUAUAUGCUCACAGGUCUUGGCUCUCCGCCUGCUCCACGAAUAAUUCCUAUACCUGCGCAGAACCCCAAAGAGCGCUUGAACCUCCCGAAGCCUGUAUAUCGCCAGGUCGAAACGUUCGCUACCUACGAGCAGGAUCCGGCGGCACAAGUCAACUAUGUCGACAAGUCUAUGGCACAUGUCGGCUAUCAAGAGAGUGAGAUAUUUGCGCGACCAGAACGAACAUUCAUACGCGUGUCAGAAGGUUCAAUCGAAGACGACCUGGAUCUCGCGGUUACAACAAAGUCCGAUAUUGACGGUCCGACUGCACAAGUUGGGCGGGUCGAAUACGAUAUGGAUGAGCAGGACGAAAGAUGGCUUGAAGCGCACAAUAUGACGCGAAGAAAAGAAGAAGCCGAAAACAUCAAGCCUUGGCUCUUCGAAAUAACGAUGACGCAAAUAGAAAAGGAAUGGCAUUCGCUGGAGAAGCGAAUACCAAAACCAAACCCAAAGCCUCCGCAAACCCAUCGUCCACGCUCUAGUUCUGCAGCCGCAGUCAAUGGCGAGAUAGCAGGCCAGGGCGAGGAACAAGACUCCAAAUGUGCCAUCUGUGACGACGGCGACUGCGAAAACACCAACGCAAUCGUCUUCUGCGAUGGUUGUGACCUCGCCGUUCACCAAGAAUGUUACGGCGUCCCAUUCAUACCGGAAGGACAGUGGCUCUGCCGCAAGUGCCAACUAAUCGGACGUGCAACUCCUACCUGCAUCUUCUGCCCCAAUGUCGACGGCGCGUUUAAACAAACCAAUAACAUGAGAUGGUCACAUCUUCUCUGUGCGAUUUGGAUACCAGAAGUCUCACUGGGUAACACGACAUUCAUGGAGCCAGUCAUGGAUGUUGAGAAGGUACAGAAACAACGUUGGAAGCUUCAAUGUUAUAUCUGUCAACAGAAGAUGGGAGCAUGUAUUCAGUGUGGCAACAAGAAUUGUUACGCAGCCUUUCAUGUUACCUGCGCCAGACGCGCGCGACUGUACUUGAAGAUGAAGUCAGCCCAUAGCACAGGCAUACAGGAUGCGAGUGUGUUGAAGGCGUUCUGUCACAGACACGUGACGUCAGAGUGGAGACGAGACAAUGAUGUUGAAUGGGCCUACGAGGAAGCAGUGGCUUUCUAUCGCCGGGAGAUGAGAGGUCGAAGAUGGGCAGACAGUCAGGCAGCCGCACUGGCACAGGGUCCCUCACGAACUCAGCAGCAUAAUGAUGGCGCCGACGAGCCUGAGACAGGACAGAACAAGAAGCGAGGAGUACCGCAGAAGCAAGUGUGGCGGCUGCCGUCAGGGGCGCCAGUCGUACCCCAAGUGGUCUUCAAUAACGUGGAGACUGCGCUUCAACGCUUCAAUCCACGCAGGCGAAAGGAGUUUGUCGCCGAAGCCUGCAAGUACUGGACCUUGAAACGUGAGGCUCGACGUGGCGCCUCUCUUCUGAAACGACUUCAGCUGCAGAUGGAGCAGUUCUCUUCGAUGGAAAUCACACGGCGAAAUUUUGCAGGCAUGGGCGCAGCCGGUGGACCUCGCCUGCAACGCCGAAUCGAGUUUGCUGAAGCUCUCGAGAAAGACAUGGCGCAUCUGGUACCGAUGGUGAAGGCAGUGAAGGAGCGCGAGGACAAGAACCUGUUCGAUGCGAGACUGCAACUGGAACUGGUAGAUCUAAUAACCUUCCCCAUCCAGCCUUUACUCGAGCCUAUCUUGGCGAAAGCCCAGCAAAUGGACGGUAAAGACAUGUUUGCUGACGGCCUGAACCAGAUCCGGGAGAAUAUGGACCGCCGUCACUACGUGACAGUAGCCGACUUCACUCCCGAUCUGGCAAACGUCUUCCGCACCGCACUCAAUCCCGGCGCUGAUGGGCCCUUGACGUUGGAGGAAAAGCAGAGAAAGGCCGUGGCCAAGCGCAUUAUCAAGGCUAUCCAGGGGCCGCUGGACGAUGUUACGCGGAAAGAAUCAGACAUUGUGCGGAACCGAAAAGACUUUCCAGACCUUGCGGCGUUGAUUGCUAUGACUCGACCGCCGGAAGUGCAACAAGCCGCUCGUGAAGUGGCGGUCGAGGUCAAUAAUGAUGCUGCAGACAUGGACAUUGAUAGUGAGGGUGAAGAGAUGGAAGUCGACCAAAUAAUCAACGAGGCAGCACAUGAACCUAAGGGUGUGCGUGGAUCCGAACAUGGUAUUCUCGCCAACGGGAUCUCUAAAAACCACGCGAAUGGUCAUAUGCACGACCCUGACGCUGAGCACGACGAGACGACCGACGAAGCGGUAAUCCGUCUCCAACUUGGCGAGACCGAGGAGACCAUCCCGACCCCCAACAACAAUAUCGCCGCCGAACAGCACCUCGACACCAUCAUGGCCGGCGGCGAUCCUGCCGCAUCGACUGGCUCAGACGGCUCUGUACCCUCCCUAUCCGCCUCAGGCUCAACACACCCCUCAACAUCCACCGGUCCUCCUACUCACGCCCAUGGGUCCUCACACAACAAAACAGACGCAGAACCAGACGACCUCAGAAUCCUCACCCACGGCGGCAUACCCUGGUACGCAGCACCCUUCUCACCAUCCGGCACCACCCUCUACAUGCCCGAAGACGAACCCCCGAGCCCAUCAACCCACGCCGCAGACGCCUCCUCCCUGGCCGUUCCGCACGCGCAACCCAAGCGCGAGGCAAGCGUGCUGAGCUCUGUCCUCAGCGAUCUGAGCGAGCUCGGCGAAGACGAGAUCAAGAACCUGGGCCCCGACGGCGACGACUCUGAUGGUGGUGAUGGCGAUGAUGGGGAUGAGGACGCAGACGAAGAAGUGGAUGAAGAUGCGGCGGCGUUGGCGGCCAAGGAAGCGGCUAAGAAGAGAGCGAGGACGAGGCGUCGCAGGCGUGGGUAUCGAUGAGGAUGAGUAUAGUAUGGGGAGGUGUAUCGCCGGCGAGAGGUGGUGUGUGUACUGCUUGGGCCUGGCGCGUGUAUUGUAUUUGUACCAUUUUCAGGGGAUUUUCGGAUUUUUGUGCGGUUUAGGCGGUGGGCGUUUUGUGUGCUGGGAUGGCAUGGGAGUGUGUGAUGGGAUGGGAUGGUGUUUUGGGCGCCUUGCUUUCUUUUUCAUUCAUUCAUCUGGCAUUCUAGCUUUCUAGCUGUUAGCAUGUACAAUGUAGACUUGUACUUUUG